AUGGCAGCCUUGGAGUUCCUGGGCAAGUCCAUCGCCGUGCUCUGCGGCGGCACCUCCGCCGAACGCGACUUGUCCUUAAAAGGCGGCGCCGACGUCGCCGAGGCGCUGCGGGCGCGCGGCUACCGCGUCACCAUCGUCGACCUGACGCCAGCGCUCGACCUCGUGGCGGCGCUGCGGCGCGUCGACGUCGUCUUCGUCUGCCUCCACGGCCCGCUCGGCGAGGACGGCUCGGUCCAGGGCUUCCUCGAGGUGCUCAAGAUACCCUACACCUUCAGCGGCGUCGUGACGCAGAGCGUCUGCGUCGACAAGGUCCGCACGAAGCGCUACCUCCGCGGCUGCGAGCCCGUGCGGCUCAUCCCCGACCAGCUGCUCGCCGACGGCGCGCCGCUCCGCGUGCCGCCGCCGUGCAUGGUCAAGGAUCCCCAGUCGGGCAGCAGCCGAGGUGUGUGGAAGUGCGACACAGCCGAUGAGGUCCGCGCGGCCGCGGCGCAGUGCGCGGGCCCGCGGUGCCUCGUGGAGCAGUUCAUUUCCGGCGUCGACCUCGUGGUCUGCGUCAACGACGGCGAGGCGCUGCCCGCCAUGGAGUUCAAGACGGACAAGGACUGGCAGGACCUCGCCUCGAAGAACGACCUCUGGGGCUGGGCCGGCGCCGACGGCUCCGACGGCGCGCGCGCGGCCAUCGAGAAGAUCUGCCCGGCGACGCUGCCCGCGGCGGUCGUGGACGAGGCGCGCGACACCGCGCUCGCGAUCUACGACUUCCUCGAGGUGGAGGGCGCCAUGAACUUCGAAUUCCGCGUCACGGUCGACGGCGCCGCGGUCUACUUCGUCGAGGUCUCGUCCGUGCCCGCGAUGACGCGCGCGUCCGUGCACGCGUGCUGCGCCGAGGCCGCGGGCUUGUCCUUCGAGGACGUCGCCGAGCGCAUCCUCCUGACCGCGCGCCUCAAGCUCGCGUGA